AUGUUUGAGACAAUUAACAGAAAGCUGGAGAUAGAUGCAUACAAUACUAAUGGGCGGGUAUUACAAGAUAUUCGUGGAGACAUAGAACUGAGGGAUGUUUAUUUUAGCUACCCCGCAAGAAAGGAUGAGCAAAUAUUCCAUGGAUUUUGUCUCUCUGUACCUAGUGGUGCAACUGCUGCUUUGGUUGGACAGAGCGGAAGUGGUAAAUCGACUCUGAAAUGGAUCAGACAGAAAAUAGGCCUUGUCAGCCAGGAACCAGUUUUGUUUACCGGUAGCAUUAAAGGUAACAUUGCAUAUGGAAAGGAUAGUGCAACUACUGAAGAAAUAAGGGCUGCUGCUGAGCUUGCUAAUGCAGCUAAAUUCAUAGAUUUAUUACUCCCUCAGGGAAUGGACACAGUAGUCGAUCAGCAUGGAACUCAGCUAUCUGCGGGACAAAAGCAAAGAGUUGCUAUAGCUAGAGCAAUUUUGAAGAAUUCAAGAAUUCUACUUUUAGAUGAAGCCACAAGUGCUCUUGAUGCAGAAUCCGAACGAGUUGUGCAGGAGGCACUGGAUAAAAUUAUGGUGAAUCGGACUACUGUCAUUGUAGCCCAUCGCCUGAGUACAGUAAGGAAUGCUGAUACCAUUGCUGUCAUACAUCGAGGAGUAAUUGUUGAGCAAGGACCGCAUUCAGAGCUAACUAAGGACCCUGAUGGUGCAUAUCACCAGCUUAUAAGGUUGCAAGAAAAUAUCACAGUGUCAAAACAUAGUGGUCUAGAUGUCCAGGAUUCUAUCUUACCCUUUGUAAGAGAGGAAUCAUCUCUAAGAAGAAAUAGUAUUCCUUCUGCAAGCGGUAUGCUUGAAACAGCACCUGUAGAGCCUAAUAUUCCUGCUACAGUUCUAUCAAAAGGGCAGCCAAAGUUUUCACUUGGCUGACUUGCUUACC